AAGAGCAUGUCAUGACAUCCUGUCCAAGCUAAACCUGGAGUGGCACAGAAGCAGGAAGCUCAGGCUGAGCAAUCUCCAGGAAAUCAGUACAGAGAGUAUAGAGAUCGGGGCUCCUCACACAUUAGGGGAUUUACCGUGGCAUUUCCUGAGGAAGGUCAUGGCUCUGAGUGGGAUGGCCAGAAACACAAGUCUUGGGCAUCAGGCACCAGAGGAAGGAAUCAGUGAGGAUGAGGAGGAGCUGGAUAGUGGGGACAGUAUUUUCCAACUUAGUGACCCUGGCCCUACUGAGUCUCUGAAUCCCCUCGAUGUUCUCUGUGCCGUUCUGCUUUGCUCAGACAGUUUCCUGCAGCAGGAGAUCCUGUCCAGAAUGUCCAUGUGCCAGUUUGCCCUCCCUCUGCUGCUACCUGCCCUCGACACCCCCAGGUGUGCCCUAAUGCUGUGGGCCAUGAGGGACAUUGUGAGGAAGUGGAGGCCACACUCCCUGGCACAGAGCAGAGGAUUCAGAGAGGAGAGCCUGGUGCUCACGUCAAUGUCAACCAUUUCCUUUGUCCGGAUGGGGAGCUGCAGGUUCUCCAAGUCCAGACUCCUCAAUGAGGUUUUCAGCCCCUCCCAGCAGCACCACAAUUUCUUUAUCCACUGGGACAUGGAGUCUGGGAACCUCCCUCGGGAAUUGGCAGAUGAGCCGGUUGAGAUUUCCUGGUAUUUCCCUGGUGGGAGGGAGAAUUCAGAUCUUUUCCCAGAGCCCGUUGCAGUUACAAACCUGCGCGGAGACAUUGAGUCGCUCCAGCUGCAGUUCAGCUUUUUAACAGAGGUCUCCUCAGCAGUGUUCAUAGUUACUAAGAGCAUCAACGAGAGACAAUACGCGCUUUUAUCAUCUCUGCAGGAAUCAGCCACUACUUCAUCCUCAAUGCCCUGGCGGACAAACACAAUGAAUCACUUGAAGAACUUGCGAAGUUGGCUCCUGUCUUAAAACUGGAUAAAUCCCAUGUGCUGGAGAAUGUGAACACCAGAACUAAUGUGCAGCUUGUAAAGAAGCUUCAGUCCACCAUAGGCAUCAUAAUGAUGUCUGCUAACAAGAGUAUCAGUAUUGCAGCCAUGGCUGUGAUAGUACGUAAACUAGGAAUCCAGGUAGAUGAAGAUUAUGAACAAUGUCAGAGCACAAGCAACUGGGCUAAAG